AAUCUAGUAGCCUGCCUAAUUUGGGGUCGACUUGUUGACCUGGAACGGCACAGUGAAGCCAUUGAUUCUGCUUCUCAACUUGCUCUACUCCAGUCUGAUUCAACAUGUCCGGAACUGGCCCCCGGGAAAACAUCUUUCCUACGCGAAUGGCCCUGACGAACACGAAACUGCGUCUGAAAGGUGCACAGACCGGCCACUCCUUACUCGCCAAGAAGCGAGAUGCUCUAACCACUAGAUUCCGAGCAAUCUUACGAAAAGUUGACGAGUAGGCGAAGCGGAAGAUGGGCAGAGUGAUGCAAUUGGCUUCAUUCUCACUCGCGGAAGUCACAUAUGCGACCGGUGACAUAUCUUAUUUGGUGCAAGAACAAGCAAAGUCGGCGACUUUCAAGGUCAAAGCGAAACAGGACAACGUAUCUGGUGUCAUCCUGCCCGCUUUCGAAGUUGAUCGUGUACAGGGAUCAGACUUCAAUCUCACUGGUCUCGGACGAGGUGGUCAGCAAGUACUUCGAUCAAAGGAGGUGUAUGCCAAGGCAGUUGAGACCCUGGUGGAACUUGCAUCAUUGCAGACUGCUUUCACCAUCCUCGAUGAAGUCAUCCGUGCAACGAAUCGUCGCGUGAAUGCUAUCGAACAUGUCAUCAUACCACGUCUUGACAACACAAUCAAGUAUAUUGCUAGCGAAUUGGACGAAAUGGAUCGAGAGGAGUUCUUCCGACUUAAGAAGGUACAAGGCAAAAAGAAACGAGAUGCAGAAGCAUCAGAAGCUCUGCGAAAAGCUGCAGCAGAGCGAUACAUCGAGGUUGAGGAUAUUCAGAUUGGAGGGGGUGGCGGUGACCUGAUAGACACCAAAGACGAAGACAUUAUUUUCUAAGCUCGCACUGUAUAUUAUCACACUCGGAUGGACUUCCUUUUGCAUAGCUGGAGAGCCGUAUGAUAACGAGUAACGAGACCGGCAUGGAUGUGUAUUGCAGCCGAAAACUGACAAGGAGCAACAUAUCCAACCACCAGACGAACUUUUCAUGGCGGAAAAAGCAUGGUAGAUAGCUUCAUGUAGCAUAUCGGGUGCGUGAGUGCGCAUACAUACAUA